CUUAUAUUUAUAAACAAGGCUGUUUGCUGUUUCAGCAAAUGCAUUUAAAAAUUUUUGAAAAGGCAACUUGUUAAAUUCUUUUGACUGUUGUCGAAAGAUUGUUAAGACCCAGAUUUGGCCAUACUAUGACCAUGGAACAUGUUAUUAUUUUUAUACUGAUACUGGAGUGUUUCUAUACAAGCACCAGCUUAUCUGCUACACAGAACACGAAGUCAACAGCAAAAGAAGAAACUGUGUUAGAGUUUAAAAAGUGUGCGGAACCAUGGUGUGAAAAAUACAGUCCUUUUGAGCUUAUGAAGACGUAUACGGGACUUUUCUAUACCAAGGAAGAAAUCGAAAAGAAGGAAUAUAUAUUUCAGGAAUCAAGAUCGAAAUAUUUGCGUCAGCAAGGUGUAAAUGACGUUGACGUUAUUCUUCGUAAACAGGGUGAUGGUGAUUCAUGCUGUAUCACUAUUCACAGGACAAAACGGGAACAACAUUUGAAUAACACUAAUAAUAAAGAGAGAGCAAUCGUACAUUUGACAAGUGGUAAUCCGCCAUCGUAUCAAUGGGUACCAUAUGGGGAGUGUUACAACUCAAAUGGCGGGAAUUCCUGUGGAAAGUGUGUUAUGGAGUAUGUCGUUCUAUCAUUACUUGUAUAUGAUACAGAUAUUAAAAAGUUGAUGUUUGAUCAGUUCGAAUUGCCAACAUAUUGUUCUUGUAAACGCACUUUCUAGCUGACCAAAUAGACAAUUUUUAACAAGAUUUUACCAUUUUUACCCUCACGCCGCUUGACGAUAGCCAAUCAGAACGGAAAGUUGAAUACCACUUACUAAUAAAAUUGAGAACAAAAACUUCAAUUGGGGCACCUGCAGGAUACGCCAUUCGCCAUGCUUUCCUGUCGGGAUACUAAUAAUUUUUAUGUAGAAUUGAAAUACUAUCUUCAUGACCGAAGGUCAAGUGAUAAACAAUAUUCGGGAAAUUUCCCUUAUAAGAAGAAUCAUUAGCUCUAUUGUUCAGGUAGAAGUUUGAUAAAAGAAGAAGAUUCGUAUGAUAUUUAUCAAUUUGUGAUUUGCACAUUUUACAUGAGUAAUCAUUAUUAUGUAAUUCCAUUUCUUGAAUCUUCUCGUUAUUUCUUCUAAGAAUAUGUACAAUUUUUACCAAACGAAACAAAUAAUAAGAUACUGUAAGUGAAAUAGAUUUAAAUUGCAUAAAUGACUUAUGAUUUAAACUGAAAAUUACAUUUAUGAUAGUAUAUCAGAUGUUUAUAAACAAUCGUAUGCGUGUUUUGUGAAAUUAUGAUAUGAUGUAGACUGUAUAAGAUUUGUAUAAAACUUAAAUUUAAAACAAAUGUGUUUAUAGCUAAUUUAUAUUCCGCUCAUUAAAUAAGAAUCGGGAUGGAUUUUAAUUAUUCCUUAGACGGAAUAUUUCAUACUUGCUUGUUUAUACAAAAUUGCGUCAGUUUUGCAGUUCAAAGAUCAUUGCAAUCGGAGUAAAGAUCAGUUUUACAGAAUAUAUUUCUUGUAUGAAGAUCUGAUCGCCAUCGUAUCUGUUUCGGCUUUACUUUGAUUCGGAUUCGCCGAGAAAGCUUUUAAUAGCCAUGCAAUCAAACCGCAAUUUACAGACCGGCAUUAGACAAAGCAUCAAAAUAUCGCUGUCUGUGAAAGAAAUUGUUGAUUUUUGUAAGAACAAAAGAAAUUGUAUGAAGUAAUUUGAAACAAAUAAACUGGAAAAAUAGACUCCGUUUAAUAGGCAAGACCGUUUAUCCAGUAUACAUACCGGCUUUAAGGACAACGCUUUGUAUUUGAAAUCGUGAAUCUUAAACACUCAGUGUCGCUUUUCCAUAGGUUAAAAUUAGAAACCGCAUCGCUUUCAAAAUUGUGAAAGCCCAACGAUGAUUGCCUGCUAGAUAUGUCACUAGAAGGUGACCUCAUAUUGGUGCCCGUCAGAGCAUAGUGCUUAGCGUUAAUUAGGUGUUGAUUUUAAUCAGAUUGACCGACACCGUAAAGAUCAUAUAAGGGAAAACUAUAUGCGUCGUAUAACCGAUUAAUUCUUUCCCUUUAAAACAUGCUAUUGUCCGUGAACAAUAGGGCAACAAGAAGAUAAAUCAAACUCUUAUCGCCUGGGUCAAAAUUAUUGAUUAAUAUUUUCGAGUUGAUAACUAUUCUAUAUAACUUGAAUAUGUUAUAAAUAAGCAUUUUAUUACAUGUUUAUGUUAUAAACUAUACAUAAGCAUUCUAUAACGUGAAUAUGUUAUAAUGUUAUAAAUAAGCAUUCUAUAGCUUGGAUAUGUUAUAAAAAAC